UGCAUGAACUUUAGAGAGAAGUCAUAAAUGUUACUGUUACUUAGUAUGUCAGAUUUGGAAGAAGUCACUUAACACUUUUGCUGUUGAAAGAAACUAAACAUUCACUGAAUUAGCUAAUAACACUACAUACUGCUCACAUAUUGUUUUCAAUUUUCUUCUUUCACUAUGCUGCCUGUAAUUGUCGUAAGUUACUUUUUUUCUUAUUAUUUGACUGCUUUCUCAAAAGUCUUCAAACAUAACUCAUCCAACUCAUUGUGAAAUCUUUUCUGCAGGUUUCUGCAAAUGAUCCAUGCUUAUGUGCCUCUUUCAUGGGGCUGAAACCUACUACUACCAGAAGCCAUCUUGUACGAGCUAUCCUGGAAUCUGUAGCUUUCAGAAACAAACAGCUUUUUGAUAUCAUUGUGAAGAAGGUACGCAUUCCUCUUCAGACUGUUCGAGCUGACGGAGGUGUCAGUAAUAACAGUUUUGUCAUGCAGAUGACUUCAGAUUUGAUUAAUAAGAAAAUAGAAAAGCCUUCAAAUACAGAUAUGUCUAGUCUUGGUGCAGCUUUUCUUGCAGGUCUUGCAUCAGGACUUUGGACUGACAAAGAACAGCUAAAGAAGCUGAGGAGAAUAGAAACAGUUUUUGAGCCUCAGAAGGACGAGGAGGAAUACAAACCUGCUAUGGACACCUGGAUGCAAGCGGUGAAGUGCUCCUUGCACUGGUAGAAAUUGACAUUUUGGAGAUAGAAGGAAUCAAAUUAUAAGAUUUUUGUGGUUAACAGAAUGGUUAAAAUUGUAACUGAAAUUUGUGAUGGUAUAUAAAAGUUACAAGGUCCUUCGGUAACCUUUAUGCUGUUGGAGAACUUACCACGCCAUAAUGAACCUUCAUAUCAUCCUCAUACCAGCUGUAGUCCAGAUGCAGCGUUUGUGUCCCUUCAGUGACCCCCUUUGGGUGGCCCAACUGCUUGAAACCACGCUUUAUAUGUUGGGAGUUUUUUCCUAUGAUGUGUUUUCUACUGAGGAACUCAUCUCCCAUCUGAUCUUUAAAAGCUUUGAUAUGUUAACCAUCAAGGAAUCUAAAAAGGGACAUGCACUUCCCUAGGUAUUUCUAAGAAGAGUAAAAUAAUUAUUUAGAGGAGACACAGGAAAUUGUUUGCCUGUUACCACAUUUUGAUUCACUUUUUAAGGAAACAUUUGACCCAGCUGUGUGAUGGCAUUUUUGUGGUGCCUCGGGAUUAUCACAAAAUUAAGAUGAGAAACAAAAGCAAAUACACUUUCAAAACUCCUCCUUUCCAGGACUUUUAUAGCUGAUGUUUAGCAGCUAUCUAGUUUGUAGCUAUUUUUGAAAUUUUAUAAAGACAAAAACUACAUUAUAUGGCAUGAUUAAUAUGAAUAUUAGCAUACCUGUAACUACAUUUAGCUUGUAAAAGUCUGUAAUAUUAGUAUUUUCAAGUCCAUCACUACAUCCUAUUAUUAUUGGGAGAAACAGGGUUGAAAGUCUAUUUUUGAAGUUACUACUUUUACAUUUUUAAAAUAAACUGUAAUUAAAAAAACAUGUAGUUAAUUAUGCAUUUGUUCAUCACUAAUCUUAAAUUAUUACAAGUUUCUCAGGGCUACAUGUAAACCAGUUUCAGAUCAUAAUUUCCUACUUCAGAAAAUGUUACUGGCUCUACCAGACCAAAAAGAGAAGAGUAUCAUUCUGACACUGUGAACAGAAGAUGGUGGCCUUGCUCGUAGUUAUUCUGCACUUCAUUCUCAUUGAAGGAGUUUAAUUAAUCAAAGUCUGCCUAAAGAUAAUGUCCACCUAUGACCACUUUGAUGACAUCUCAUGGUUUGUGUUCAUUUUGUAGUUAUGUGGUUUUCUAGGCUUGGCUGGGGUUCCCAUGCUCUGUUCCCAGAUAGAUAUCUAAUGGGAGCUGAAUCUGAUUCUGUUGAUACCAUUUGCUCAAAAAUAGCCAGCUGUGUGCCUUAUUUGCACCUUUUCAUUGUGGUGGUUCUCAUCCUGCCCAUAGUACAGCCAAAAUACAUGCAAUUUUGCGUUUGGUACCAGGUCAGUUUAAUAGUAAAUGUAAUGAUAUAAAAAGAAGUUAAUAUUGGUAAUCUUAGCACUGUCAUUUUAGGAAAUGUACUGUGUUGAGACUGCAAAUGUUUUAUUUAGGAUUGGGCAGUAAUGGACCUCAUCAGUCAUGUGAAGAUCAGGAAUUCAGCUGAGAGAUGUGUUAAUGAUCCUUGUGCAUCCUGCCGUCACUGAUGCAUGUGGUGCUGAUGGUAGGACUGCCUAAUUGGGAUGCAGCUAUUAUCCAUGAUGAUACAUAGUCUCAUAUUUUAGAAUCACAGAAUAUCAUAACUUGGAAGGGACCAACUCCUGAUACUUGGGACAACGUGGCAUAAAAAAUUACAGGAUUGGUGAGAUCUCAGAGCUGUUGGAUUAAUAAUGUAAGUAGAAAGGAAAGAAAAACAAUCUUCAAACAAAUGAAAAUACUCUCACCAGAUGCAGUGUGAGUUUUCUUAAGAAACAACCCAGUCACUGAUGUAUAAAAUCUCAGUGUAAUCAGCUUAGCAACCAUUUUAAAAAAUAUUGUCUUCUCUCCUCUAGUGGUUAAUUUUAUGAAAAAUUAAUUCUCUCUUACCUGUUUUUGACAAGAAUGUUCAUACAUGCUCUCCUGUUGGAAGAAAUAACA